AUGGAACAACCACCGGGUUUUCAUGAUUCUUGUUUUCCCGGUCAUGUGUGUCGUCUACAUAAAGCUCUUUACGGUCUCAAACAGGCCCCACGCACUUGGUUUCAUCGUCUAAGCACAUUUUUGGUUAGCACUGGGUUUGUAUGCAGUCAGGCUGAUCCUUCUCUGUUUGUGUUCAAACGUGACUCGUGUGUGCUAUAUUUAUUGGUCUAUGUUGACGAUUUAAUUUUGACCGGAAAUGAUGACACGGUUAUUCGCUCCAUCAUCAAUCGCUUGCACCACGAAUUCGUGAUCAAAGACCUCGGUCAUUUAAAUUAUUUUCUUGGGAUCGAAGCCACUUACACCACAAAUGGUCUAUUUCUCAGUCAAACAAAGUAUGCUCAUGACAUUCUUGAUCGAGCAGGUCUUCUCGAUGCUAAACCAGUUUCAACUCCUCUUGCAUCUAACACGGCCUUUGUUACCGGUGGUGAUUCUUACUCAGAUCCCUCACAUUAUCGAUCCCUUGUUGGUGCUCUUCAGUAUUUGACGAUCACUCGUCUAGAUAUUUCGUAUGCAGUCAAUCAAGUUAGUCAAUUCCUUCAAGCCCCUACUAUUCCACAUUAUCAAGCAGUUAAACGGAUUCUGCAAUAUGUCAAGGGUACGAUUUCUUUCGGACUCUCCUUUUCUAAACCGUCAUAUACCACGCUUGUGGGCUACUCUGAUGCUGAUUGGGCUCGUUGCCUCGAGACCCGUCGUUCCACUUAUGGUUACUCGAUAUUCCUCGGGGGCAAUCUUGUAUCCUGGAGUGCCAAGAAACAACCAACUGUCUCUCGCUCAAGUUGUGAAUCUGAAUAUCGAGCAAUGGCCAACACUGCCGCGGAAAUUAUUUGGAACACUCACUUGUUGCAAGAACUUCAUGCGCUACCACCGGACCGUCCGACAUUUCUAUGUGAUAAUCAAAGUGCCUUGUUUCUCACUCAAAAUCCUAUUUCUCACAAACGUGCCAAGCACAUUGAUCUUGACUAUCACUUUAUUCGUGAACUUGUGUCUUCCGGUAAACUUCACACCAAGUUCAUUCCGACCAAGCUUCAAGUGGCCGACAUUUUUACAAAGAGUUUACCAUGUCAUCAGUUUGAGUUCUUUCGAGAAAAGCUGUGUAUUGGGCCGCCACCGUUUCGCUUAAGGGAGGAUAUUAGACAAACUUAA